CUAACCCAUUGUACCAGUCGGUAUCGUGCGAUCGCAACGUGCGCUGUUCGGUAUCAUAUCGCGAUCGAACCUCUGUGCGCGACCCGGGAGUGCAUCCUGAACAAACCCAAAAUGAAGAGCGAAGCUGCUGUCCUGCUGUUCACAGUUGCUGCUACCAUCAGCAUCGGUUACGCCGCCAAAUUCCCCGAUUCCUUUACGCGCUGCAAUCAGGAUGAUGGCCAAUGUCUCCUUGACGCCAUUACGGCCACGUUCCGGAGCUUCUACAAGGGUGUGCCGGAGAUCGGUCUGGUACCGCUCGAUCCGCUGCGCAUCGACAAGAUGGACAUCAUCCAGGGCGAUGGACCGAUCAACAUUGAGCUGAACUUUAGAAAGGUGGAUCUGCUCGGAUUCCGAGAAGCGAAGAUCAAGAAGGCCAACGGUUUCACGGCGAAUCCGAACAAGAUGGAGUUGAAUUUGAUCGUCCCGGUUGCCUCGCUGGUCGGUGGAUACAAGAUCAACGGCAAGGUACUGAUUCUACCGAUCCAGGGCGAAGGCGCCAGCAACAUGACAAUGGCUAACUGUGAUAUUACGCUCCGCUGGAUCGGUAAGCUGGUGGAGAAGAACGGCAAACAGUUCUACCAGGUGGAUAAGUUCAAGGUCAACUUUGACACAUCGCGGUUCUAUAUGAACUUCACAAACCUGUUCAAUGGCGACAAGGCGCUCGGAGAUAACAUGAACGUAUUCCUGAACGACAACUGGCCCGAUAUCCUAAAGGAGCUGAAGCCCGCCAUCGCGGCGGCCUUCACGCAGAUAUUUGAAGCCGUCGUCUCCAAUGUCUUCAACAAGGUACCGUAUAGUGAACUGUACCGUUGUCUUCGUCUGAAGCAACGAAAGCUUUUUAGUUCUUGUGACGAAUUCCCCUUUCAAGUAACCAUGAACGCGAUACUUCUUAGUGUACUGUUCGGUGCACUUGUUUCUCUUGGCCAGGCUGUUAAGUUGCCUUCUUCAUAUAAGCGAUGCAACCCGGGAGAUGAAGAGUGCAUUAUAACAGCCGUGGCCGAAACGUUUCAGAAAUAUAAACAUGGACUUCCCGAACUGGGCCUCGCCUCAUUGGAUCCAUUGCGGAUCGACGAGAUGGACAUAGUGCAGGGUGAUGGUCCGGUCAAUAUAGUUCUAAACUUCAAAAACGUCGAUAUUACGGGCUUCAGUGAAGUCAUCGUUAAAAAAGUCAAGGGAAUUACAGCGAAUCCCAACGUAAUGGAGAUGAACUUGUUGAUCCCGCUGGCAUCACUCGUCGGUAAUUACAAAAUCAACGGCAAAGUGCUAAUAUUGCCCAUCCAGGGAGAAGGCAUCAGUAACAUGACUAUGGCAAACUGUGACUUUUUGAUGAAGUGGAACGGUGCACUGCAAAAACGGGCGGAUGGCAAGGAGUACUAUCAGAUGAACAAGAUAAAGGCCACCUUCGACACGAGCCGAUUCUACAUGCAGCUGUCGAAUUUAUUCAACGGUGACAAGCUCCUGGGCGACAACAUGAACCAAUUUUUGAACGACAAUUGGCAAGACAUACUGAAGGAACUCAAACCCGCCAUCAUCGGUGCUUUUACGAAAAUAUUCCGAGCAAUUAUAACGAAUGUUUUCGAAAACGUUCCGUAUACGGAUUUAUUUUUGCCGAAGUAAAUGCAGCGAGUGAGCUGUUUGUAUAAAUUUUCCUGAAUAAAUCAAAUAUCUACCAAAUGUGAUAAGAAA